CCGACGGCCCGGAGCAAUUGCCGCGGCCUCAAUUGAUCCACAGCUGUGUUUGCGUUUGAUACGUUUGCAUUGACUGGAUCGAUGCGAAGCUGCUCACACGACACUGCCUCCCCAUGCCUCCCUCGUUGCAUGACGUAGGCCUGCCAUGCCAAACCCUCAGAGAUGCGCAGAUCGCAACUCGCAACCAGCCCCAGUAUCACCGAUGCCGUGGCCGCGUUGCACCCACCUAACCGGCCCCUUCCGUGAACAGUCAAUCCCGUAUUCAUCUCACCAAAAGCAAUUACUCCCGGCCCGCACGCUGCGUUCGGAAUUGAGCUCAAUCGGCUGCAAGGUACGGCCCUACUGCGCUCCAUUCCCCACUGCCGUCUCCUCAUCGUCACGCCAUUGGCCCAAGCCCCAUCACGAGACCACCCUCCAGUUGAUCUUCCGGCUCAGUGCUCCUCUCCUUCUUGCUUCCUACAUCUUCUCGCAACCUCCCUUCAUCCAACUCUCAUCACAACACUCUUCCUCCUUCCAGUCCACACAACCCAACAUGACUCGCUCUCACAAGUACACUGACCGUGACCAUGCCGGUCUUGCUGACGGCACCGCUGCUCAAGAGGAGCACCUGCCCCGAUACUUCGCCAAGUCCGGCCAUGCCGGCGAAGAUCCUUCUAAGUUGAAGAAGAACGGUGGUGGUAAAGGCAAUUGGGGCCGCGAUGGCGACGAAAUUGACCAGAUGGGCUUCAACAUGGCCAAUGCUCGUCGUCGAAGCAACUCCAGCACAUUCACCGCCAAGGACUUCAAGACCAAGUUCGAGACCAUCGAGCCCGAGCCCGUCUUCGAAGAGGAACUCCACGGUCCCAUGGGUGCCGAGCUCGACAAGCAGAGCACCACCUCCAGCAACACCACUGUUGAAGAGGAGGAUGCCUCCAAGAAGUUGUAGGCACCAUCCGCGUGGCCUCGAAAGAGGUCGCCGUGUGUUGCUUCCAGCAACACUGACGAUAUAUGGUGGAUCUGGAUACUGUCGGCUGCAAGUCAACUGGGAACUGUUCACUUCAUGCAAGCCGGCAAUCCACCACUGCCUAUACGUCACCAUGCUAGUGCGCAGCUGAAAUCGCAGCCACCAUCAACAUAUGUACUAUUUCCUUCGUCACGGCUG